CUCCGCCCCCGCCGCUUUCACAACCCCGCCGCCGCCGCCGCCGAUGUUUUCCUAUCCGGGACCGGGCGCAUGGCGCGGCCGCCGGGGCCGCUUCUCCUCCUUCUCUUUCCUCUCCGCUUCCUCCUGCACCUCUCCGCCGCCGCCGGGCGGCCCUGCGGCCCCGCUGGACUGCCACGGGACACGGUGUUGGGCCUCCUGGGAGCCAACAUCACUCUGACCUGCCAGGACGAGCAGCCUGCAAACGCCACGGUGCUGUGGCAGGUGGAGAAGCAGGGAGCAGCAGGGCAGCUGGCAGAGGGGAACACGCUGCUGCUGAGGCAGCUGCGCUACGAGGACUCAGGGCACUACAGCUGCUCCGUGGGGAGCCACCUGCUGCGCUCCCUGCGGCUGCUGGUGGCAGAGCCCCCUGAAACUCCCCAGGUGUCCUGCUACCGGCGGAGCCACGACAAGGAUGUGCUGUGUGAGUGGCCACAGCAGAAGAAGCCGUCCCCAGGGACACGGGCAAUGCUGUGGGUGAGGAGGAGGUUUGUGGCUGAGAAUGCCACAGAGCAGCGGUGCCGCUACUUCUCCAAGGCACGGAAGUUCCUUUGCCGGCUGAAGGUGCCACCUGGCACUGAUGACACCAAAAGCCUCGUGGUGUCCACGUGUGUCAGCAACAGCGCCGGUGGCUCGGCUGGCAAGGACAAGAUCAUCACCCUCAGCAGUGUCUUGAGGCCAGACCCGCCGGUGAAUGUGACAGUGCAGGCUCUGGAGAGGGCCCCACAGCGGCUGCAGGUGAACUGGUCCUACCCCCCCUCCUGGGACCCCCGCUUCUACUGGCUGCGCUUCCAGGUCCGCUACCGCCCCGAGCCCGCCCCGACCUUCAUGGAGGUGGAUCAGGUGAUGACUACGUGGCUCGAUAUCCGCGAUGCGUGGCGUGGGACGAGGCACGUGGUGCAGGUGAGGGCCAAGGAUGAGUUUGGCCAUGGCACGUGGAGUGAGUGGAGCCAGGAGGCCGUGGGCACCCCCUGGACAGACCCUUGGGAGCUCACCUCUGAAAUGGAGCCUUACAGCUCACAGGUCCCCACAGAAGAUGACACCUAUGGGGUGACACUGUCCCCCAGGCUCUUCGAAGAGGAUGAUGCUAAUGGUGCUGGUGGGUCUGUCAUGGAAUCCAGCACCCAUCCUGUAGCAUCCCCCUACGCCUUCCUGGUCACCGGGGGCAGUCUCCUCCUUGGCAUCGCCCUCUUUGUUGGCAUCGUGGUGAGGUACAGGCAGAUGUGGUGGACGAGCGGGCAGGAGACGAGCAAGGCAGAGGGUGAGGGACAGCACAUGCUGGUCCCUCUGAGCCUACCCCCACCCACACUCAGUGACACCCCUCUGCUCUCACAGCCUGCCCCCUCAGCCCCUGGAGGGCUCCACACCACUCAGGCAGAUUAUUCCUCCUCAGGGCAGUAGCCAGGGGCUGAAUGUGCUGGGAGAUGCUUGGGGGUUGGAUGGAGGGUCCCAGGGCUUUGAUGUGGCUCUGGGAGCAGUUCCCCCCCCAAUAUCUGGUGGCUCUGUGGCUGGGACAAGCCUCUGAGGAGGGGAAUCAAUGCCAUCCCCCAUGGGGAACAGCUAGGAAAAACAGACUGGGUCCUGGGGGCACCUUCAGCACCAAGCUGGGAUGGCCAGGAGUGACAGCACUGGAAUUGUGGCUGCACCAGAGCUUGGGGGGCCUGGGACCCGGUCUGGGGGUCCCACAGGGAAGGAAGGGCCUGGUCCCUACAGUGCCACGGGGGUCGGGGAGGGAGGGCCUGGCUGGAUCAGCCCCACACCUCUGCUGCAGCCCCCUCGGGGCUCCUUUUUAAAGCACACGUUGGGGAAACAGGACAAUGGGGCUCAAAUAAAUGAUUUGGAUUUA